AUGAGUUGCUUAGCAUGGAACUGUCGUGGGCUUGGGAACCUACGUACAGUGAGGGAGCUUGGUGAUGUUAUCCGGGCAAAAGAUCCCUCUGUGGUGUUUUUAGCCGAAACACUUACAAAUGAUGCAAGGCUAGAAUUCGUUCAGAGAAGUAUUGGUUUUGAGCAUAGAUGGGUCGUACCAAGGGUGGGAAGAAGUGGUGGACUAGUUCUAUAUUGGAAAGCAUCAAUUAAUUUGAUGGUGGAAGCUUCAGAUAGACACUAUAUUGAUGCGGUGAUCAAUAAAAAUACGGAUAAUGAGUGGAGAUUAACUGGGUUUUAUGGGGAACCUGAUACAGCAAGAAGACAUGAAGCUUGGGCCAAAUUAAGAGCUCUAAACUCACAACCUGAGAAGCCUUGGCUUUGUCUUGGAGAUUUUAAUGAGAUUCUAAAACAAGAGGAGAAACUAGGGGGAGCUAGAAGACCUUAUUAUCUGAUGCAGCAGUUUAGGGAGGUGAUUGAUGAAUGUGGCUUCAUGGAUUUGGGUUUUGAGGGACCUAAAUUUACAUGGAGCAAACACUUUGAAAGUGGGGUUUCAAUUUGGGAGAGACUUGAUAGGUGUUUGGUUAAUAAUAGUUGGUUCAUGAUGUUUGGAGGGUCAAGGGUGUAUCAUUUGUCUUGCUCUUCAUCGGAUCAUAUCCCAUUAUUUAUCUCCCCAUCGGGUUUGAUUCCUCCAAGCCGGAAAAAAAAUUUUAGGUUCGAACAAAUGUGGCUUUCAAAUUCGGGGUGUGAAGAAGUGGUGGUUUCGGCUUGGGGUAGUGGAAGUGAUGGAAGUGUCGAGAGUAAUAUUUUGAAAAAAAUUGAGCAGUGUGGAAAAGAGUUGGGGUUAUGGGAGAAAAAUGUUUUUGGUAAUGUUAGGGUGGAGUUGAACCGACUAAAAAAAUCCCUAGCCAAAGAAGAAAGGAUAGCCAUGGUGAGUGGAAAUAAUUUUAGGGUCAGACAGAUUAAAAAAGAGAUUGAGGUGAUGCAAGAUAGGGAGGCCAUGAUGUGGGCUCAAAGGUCUAGAAUCCUAUGGGCUAAUGAAGGGGACAAAAACUCUAAAUAUUUCCAUUGUUGUGCUUCUAGGAGAUUCAGGAAAAAUUCUUUGCAGGGUAUUAGAGAUGAGGCCGGAGUAUGGAGAACCAGACAUGAAGAAAUUGGUGAAGUGAUGGUCAACUAUUUUAAGUCUCUGUUUACUGCUUCAGAGGGGAUUAUAUCCACUGGGGUGUUGGAUUGUGUUCAACCACUGAUUGAUGAAGAGAUGAAUGGUGAUUUGUGUCGUGAGUUUGAAGCAAGUGAAGUUGCCAUUGCCCUAAAACAAAUGGCGCCCCUUAAAGCUCCUGGCCCGGAUGGAAUGCCCCCGCUCUUCUACCAACAUUUUUGGAGCACAGUGAACCAGGAUGUUACCUCUUCCAUUCUGUCUUGGUUAAAUUCAGGUACAAUACCAACCAAUUUGAACCAUACUUUUAUUACUCUUGUGCCGAAAUUACACUCCCCUGAAUUUCCCCACCAGUUCCGCCCCAUUAGUCUUUGUAAUGUCCUUUACAAAAUUUACUCUAAAGUUCUUGCAAACCGCCUUAAAAAAAUACUUCCAUCCAUUAACACUGAACACCAAUCAGCUUUCACUAAAGGGCGUUUGAUUUCUGACAAUAUUCUAGUGGCCUUUGAAACACUACACAGCUUACAAAACUUUAGGGGAGGUAAUUAUGGGUAUAUGGCAUUAAAAUUGGAUAUGAGUAAAGCAUAUGAUAGGGUGGAGUGGUCGUAUUUGGAGGGGAUUAUGAGAAAGAUGGGUUUUAGGGAGAGGUGGAUAAAUCUUGUCAUGGGUUGUGUGAAAACUGUAUCAUACUCGGUGUUGGUGAAUGGUGAUCCAUGUGGGACAAUUUUUCCUACAAGGGGCAUUAGGCAAGGAGACCCACUAUCUCCUUUCCUAUUUCUUCUUUGUACGGAAGGAUUGAAUAGCUUAAUUAAAAAGGCUGAUUUACAAGGUGAAAUCCAUGGAUACUCCCUUUGUAGGAGGGGUCCAAAACUAACGCAUCUGCUCUUUGCAGAUGAUAGUUUGAUUUUUUGCAGGGCAACAAUGGAGGAAUGUGGGAAAGUUUUGAAGAUCCUUAAGGAGUAUGAGGAAGCUUCGGGACAAAAAAUGAAUAGAAGUAAAACCUCACUGUUCUUUAGUAAAUCUGUACCAGAGGAGGAGAAGCAUGGAAUCAAAGAGGCCAUUGGAGUCCCUGAAAUCUUGCACUAUGAAAAAUACCUUGGGCUGCCCUCUUUGGUUGGCAAAGGUAAAAAGGCAAGUUUUAAUUACAUAAAAGAGAAGGUAUGGCGGAAGCUUCAAGGGUGGGAAUCUAAAUUGCUUUCACAAGCAGGGAGAGAAGUACUCCUUAAGGCAGUCAUACAAGCCAUCCCUACCUACACGAUGGGGUGUUUCAAAUUGCCAGUGGGUUUGUGUAAUGAGAUUGAGUCUUUAAUCAAGAAAUUUUGGUGGGGCCAAAGAGGUGAUCGAAGAAAAAUCCAUUGGAUUAAAUGGGAGGAAAUGACAAAAUCGAAAACUAUUGGAGGAAUAGGCUUCCGAGACCUUGCUAUGUUUAACGACUCACUCUUGGCAAAGCAAGCUUGGAGGCUAUUGAAUGAUACAUCAUCACUUUUUUACAAAGUAUUCAAGGCUCGUUUCUUCCCAAAUUCAACGAUUAUGGAGGCUACCGACUCUAGGAUGGGGUCAUAUGCUUGGAAAAGUAUCCUUAGGGGUAGAGACAUCAUUCAAAGAGGGGCUUUAUGGAGAAUAGGUAAUGGUGAAAAAAUAAACAUUUGGCAGCAACGUUGGCUGCCAAGAAAACACCCAACGCAGCUGCCAAUCUGUCCCUUGGAGAGCUUUGAGGAGCAUACAGUAGCUACUCUCUUUGAUCCAAUCACAAGAAGGUGGAAUGAAGAAUUGGUAGAUGGGCUGUUUGUGACUGAAGAUGCAGCCUUGAUUAAGAAAAUCCCACUCAACCGUAAUGCAGCAGAGGAUUCUCUUUAUUGGCCAUAUUCUCCAACGGGAAAUUAUACUUGUAAGUCUGGGUAUAGAUUUCUAAAACAAGAGGAGGAGAUGGAAUCAAAUCUGUCAACACCACCAGCAGAUGAGAAGCGGCUGUGGAAAAAAAUUUGGGAGAUGCGAGCCCCUCCAAAGGUGAAAAAUUUUCUAUGGAGAGCUUGCCGCUUUGCUUUGCCAACCAAACAAUCUUUGAUGAGAAGGAAAAUCCUUGAAGACCCAACGUGUGAGAGGUGUAAGAAUGCUGUGGAGGACCCGCUUCACGCACUAUGGUUAUGUCCGGAACUGGAUGUAGUGUGGGCAGAUCAAAGCAUGUGGAGAUUCCGGUAUGAGGUUGGCUUUCUCACUGUCAAGGAGCUGCUGCUAUGGAUGAUUGAUGAAGGGAAAUCACUGGAACUUCUAGCUUUCACGGCAUGGGGAGUAUGGAAUCAGAGGAACAAGACUCGCUUAAUGUUGCAGUCCAGCCCGCUCCAUCAGGUUGCUGCACAUGCACGGACAAGUUUGGUGCAAUACCGAACUCACCUGCAGUUUUCACAGGUUCAAGUGGAGUGCAGCGGCAGGGGAGAAAAUAGAUGGACGGCACCGCCAAACGGUUUUGUUAAGAUGAACUUUGAUGGAGCAAAUGCUAAAUCCUCAAGGAUGUCUGGUGUGGGAGUGGUGAUUCGAGACUCGGAGGGGGCUGUUUUGGCGUCAUGUGCAGAGAAAAUAAACCAACAGUUCAAGGCAGAGGACUUGGAAGCUUUGGCUGCGUUGAAGGCACUAUCCUUUGCUCAUGAGCUGGGUUUCCAGAAUAUUAUCCUUGAAGGUGAUGCGUUGAACUUAAUUCAAGCAUUGAAGGCACAAGAACUAAACUUACUGCCGUGGGGUCUGCUGGUUGAAGAUGUGAAAGAGUAUGGAAAAAAAUUUAGAAGAGUAUUGUAUUUCCAUGUUAAGAGAAAUGGCAAUAGUGUAGCUCAUAAUCUGGCCAAAUAUGCUUUACGCAUACCAGAUUUUCAAGUUUGGAUGGAGGAUGUUCCAUCCCAUAUUGUUCAGUUUUUACAGUUGGAUGUAGCUCAUUUACGUUAA